AAAACAGAGCAACCUCCUCAGAAACACACACACAAAGCUUCCUUUCACUUCGAUUUCAAGUACCAAUUGAAGAAAACAAAUUUCGAGGUCGGAGAUGGAAAGAGACUGCGGUAUCAACGUGGCGGAGAUGAAGCCCAAGAAACGUGCUGGACGACGUAUCUUCAAGGAGACACGUCACCCAAUCUACAGAGGCGUCCGGCGUAGGGACGGCGAAAAAUGGGUCUGCGAAGUCCGUGAACCGAUCAACCAGCGCAGAGUCUGGCUAGGAACUUAUCCCGUAGCGGAGAUGGCGGCGCGUGCUCACGACGUGGCCGUUCUUGCCUUACGCGGGAGAUCCGCGUGUUUGAAUUUCUCCGACUCCGCCUGGCGGUUGCCGGUGCCGGAAUCAACCGAUCCGGAUACGAUCAGGCGCACGGCGGCUGAGGCGGCGGAGAUGUUUAGGCCGCCGGAGUUUAGUACCGGAAUCACUGUUUUGCCCUCGUCCGGUGAGUUUGAUACGUCGGACGGAGGAGUCGCCGGAAUGAUGACGAGGCUCGCGGAGGAGCCGUUGAUGUCGCCGCCGAGAUCGUACAUUGAUAUGAAUACGACGAGUGUGUACGCUGAAGAAGAAAUGUGUUACGAAGAAUUGUCACUUUGGAGUUACUAAAAGAACAAAAAUACGUAUUUUUCGAUACGUAUAUAAUGUAAAAUGUAAUGUAUGUAUGUGUGGGGUAACUUAGAUUUUCCAGGGGGUUUAAGAUCUUCUGAGGGAGAUAGAAGGUUCUCUUGGUGUUGUGUUGUUUUUUUGUUUUUGUUUAUGUGUGAGGCAAGUCUUGUAAUGGUUUGCUUUGCUAUUUCGUAUAAUAUGCAAAAUAAAAUGGGCAUAAUGAUGGACUUAGAUAAUGAUAGGUCCAGCCUAUGUUGUAUGUAAGUUUAUUUUCUUAGUUCACCUAAAUUUCCUAGGGAUUAUUUACCUUAAUCUUAAUGUACUAUCAAAUUAGUAGUAUCAUGUAUCAUGUAUGUAA